AUGUCGUCUACUACACCUACCGAAGUUGUCUCGAAGCUUCUCAAGAACACACUCAAUCCCGAGGUAGUCAGAGAGCUCGUUGCCCCAGAUGCAACUUAUGUAUCACUCAACUACGACAACCCUGAUCUUACCAAGAUCCUGCCGUACGCAGGUAGCCAUACAAAAGCCGGCCCACAGGCCAUUAUCGAUACCUUUGCCACCGUCAAUCGAAUCUGGGCCAACGAAGCCUUUGAGAUCCAGACCCUUUUUGGCGCUGGGAAAGAUGUAGCGGUCUUUGGCAGUUUCACCUAUCGCUCGAGAUCCUUGGGAAAGGUGUCCGUCAGUCCGUUUUCGAUCUGGUGUAAGGUCAACGAAGACGGGAAGGUGACAUACAUGCAAUUCAUGGAAGACACUCUCGGAUCGACCGAUAGUUUCAAAAAAGGGGGACAGAAGCAAUAUGUUGUAUUCAAAGAGAAGGGAGAGAUUGAGGUCCAGUUGAAUGUGGAAAGGGGGUUCAGGCAUCUGCUGAACAUGAUGGGAGAGUUCCGUCUUAUGUGGUCUUGUACCGCUGGGAUUGGUAGCAAUGGCUUCCGGUCGCCUGAAGCGAUCAGCCCUUGA